AUGGAUCUGCCAGAUCUGUGCCUAAGUCAAGUUAAUAUACCUGUUCUUGCUUUCCUUGACCAUCAUACCUAUAUCUAUCCCGGAUUUCUCAGGAGCGUAUCUUAUGAUAAGAAUGCUGAGAGAGAGAACUCUGCUGGGCAGGAAGGUAGUGGCAUUAGGGAUAAGAGGAAUGAGGAGUCUCUUGCUCUGGUUAACAUUGUUAAACAAGUUGAACCAAAUAAUGAAGUAGGAGGGAGCUCCAUGGAUGAGAGUAGUCUAGACCCUAUUGGAGGCAAGAACUCUAGUAGUUUCCAAUCUCUGGAAACUAUACCAGAGGAGUCUAGGCUUAUCUCAUCUGAACUGGUGGACAUUGCUGUUCAACAUAGUUCAAUUGGGGCUAGGGUUUUGCAGAGAAAACAAAAAGCUUUUAAAAGGAAAUCAAAACUGGGGAAAGAACCUGUUUCUGAAAAAAUGGCUGUGGAUUUUGAUCUGGUUACUGCUGAUAAAAUCUCUCCUCUUUUAAAGAUCUAA